GUUUCGCCGGGACGUUCUGUCAGUAACGGAUCCGGUAAUUACGACCACCACCUCCUCUAACAAAACCAAACAAUCUCUUUCAAUGAGCAACAAAAUCAACAACCCUUUUGCAUAAAUACCCAAAUCUUUCCUUUCCUCACUCACCAAUGGCUCAAGAAAUGAUCCGUUCCCCUGUUUUCUCGGUAAUUUCAACGGCGUUGCUCGUUUCUCACCUCAUCCUGGCUGCAGUUUCCCAUAAUGAGGACUCCCCCGUAAAUAACUCCCCUCCCAAUGCAGGGCUGUUCCCAUCGAUUACAUCGACGUUGCAUUCAUGGCUUGAGUCCCAUAAUGAGGACUCGCCGGUAACUGACUCCCCUCCUAAUGCAGGGCUGUUCCCGUCGGUUACAUCGACGUUACAUUCAUGGAUUGAGCUAAACAUGAAAGAGUACAACGAGCGGAAGGGGAACUUCGCUCGCGGCUUCAACCGCACCGUCCUGGAUAACACCCUGGUGGCAGCGGAAGACGGCGGGGUUAAAGUGAUUACGGUGAGGAAAGACGGAAGUGGGGAUUUUAAGACGGUGACUGACGCCGUUAAUAGCAUUCCGUGCGGGAACAGAAAGAGAGUGGUGGUUUGGAUUGGCUUUGGUGAGUACUGGGAGAAGAUUACAAUUAAUAGGACCAAGAACUUCGUGACUUUUUAUGGGGACCCAAAUAACAUGCCGAAAAUUGUGUAUAACGGGACGGCGGCGCAGUUCGGAACGGUGUACAGCGCCACCGUGGCGGUGGAGAGUGAUUACUUCGUGGCAGUCAACAUUGCCUUUGUGAAUUCAGCACCGAUGCCGGACGGCAAAGUAGGCCAACAGGCGGUGGCGAUGAGAAUUUCCGGAGACAAAGCAGCAUUCCAUAACUGCAAGUUCAUCGGGUAUCAGGAUACUCUGUGUGAUGACAGGGGCAGGCAUUUCUUCAAAGACUGUUUCGUUCGAGGGACCGUUGAUUUCAUCUUCGGAAACGGAAAAUCCCUUUAUCUGAACACGACGAUCCAAUCGGUUGCAAAGGAUUGUGGGGUGAUUACGGCCCAAGCAAGAGAAAGAGUAGACGAUGACAGUGGAUUCAUCUUCCUUUUCUGCAAUAUCAGCGGCGUCGGAAACAGCAGCACUUACCUCGGCAGGGCGUGGAAAGAGAGACCCAGGGUGGUAUUUGCUAAGACCUACAUGGGCACCAUCAUCAAGGGCGAAGGGUGGUCCGAUAACAGCCACCCUGAUCGUGAUCAGACUGUGUACUACGGAGAGUACAAGUGCAGCGGUCCAGGCUCUGUUUCCUCUGCUCGGGCCAAGUUUGCAAAGAUUCUCAGCGAUGAAGAAGUUAAACCUUUCAUGAGCAUGUCUUAUAUCCAUGGAAGCACCUGGCUUCUUCCACCUCCCAAUGUCUGAUUCCUUUGUCCGCGCCCGGCAACAAUGGAAAAUGUAUAAUUUCAUUAUUGUUGUAAACGUCGUCUCAAAUAUGUAUCAUUAAUUGCUUUUAUUGUUCAAUUAUCAAGGCUGUUUGUACUAAUUGGAGGAUUAAUACCAAAAAAGGGAAAAAAAGGAGGCAUUUGAUGCGUAUUGGUUCCACAUUGUUGCCAUAAUGUUAUUAUGAAGGUGGACAUCCAAAUUUGCUAGUAAAUUAGGCUCCAUUCGGUAUGUAUAUAGCUUUGGACUAUUUGUUUUAGUUUUUAUUUUUAUAUAAAUUUUGUAACUUUAA